GUGUCACGCACGUGACGUCACCCAGCGUCGGCCCGUGACGCUGCGUCUCUUUGUUGGCCCAGCAGCAGCGUCGCUCCUCUGUUGUUGUUUUCUCUGCUGCUAGAAAAGCUGGAAUGCUAACAAGCUAAAGAAGUAUUCUCGUUUUGUUUUGCUCUGUCUGCCAAAUAAUACACCUCUGUCUGCCAAAUAAUACACAUCAAACAUAUCCCACUUGGCGUGUCGCUACAUUAAACGCAGUCCAGUCAUGGACUCGGACGAGGGUUACAAUUACGAAUUCGACGACGAGGAAGAGGAAUGCAGCGAAGACAGCGGCGAAGAGGAGACCGCGGACGACACCCUGGAGCUCGGUGAGGUGGAGUUGGUUGAUCCCGUUGUGGCCGGCGGAGAGCGAGACGACUGCGGGGAGACGGGAGGCAGCGGCCUCGGGCCCGGUCAGGAUGAGGAAGACUACCGCUUUGAAGUUCUAACCGCCGAACAGAUCCUGCAGCAUAUGGUGGAGUGUAUCAGGGAGGUCAACGAGGUCAUCCAGAAUCCUGCUACAAUCACUAGAAUAUUACUUAGUCAUUUUAACUGGGACAAAGAAAAGCUGAUGGAAAGGUACUUUGAUGGUAACCUGGACAAGCUAUUUUCAGAGUGUCACGUUAUAAACCCCAGCAAGAAGUCUCGGACACGCCUCAUGAACACAAGAUCGUCGGCACAGGACAUGCCAUGUCAGAUCUGCUAUCUCAACUAUCCUAACUCGUACUUCACUGGUCUGGAAUGUGGGCACAAGUUCUGCAUGCAGUGCUGGGGUGAUUACUUAACCACCAAAAUCAUAGAGGAAGGAAUGGGACAGACCAUUUCUUGUCCUGCUCAUAGCUGUGAUAUUUUGGUGGAUGACAGCACAGUCAUGCGACUGAUUACAGAUUCAAAAGUGAAGUUGAAGUACCAGCAUUUAAUAACCAAUAGUUUUGUAGAGUGUAACCGACUGUUAAAAUGGUGCCCAGCACCUGACUGUCAUCACGUUGUCAAAGUACAGUACCCAGAUGCCAAACCUGUACGGUGCAAGUGUGGUCGGCAGUUUUGCUUCAACUGUGGAGAAAAUUGGCACGAUCCAGUGAAGUGUAAGUGGUUAAGGAAAUGGAUUAAAAAAUGUGAUGAUGACAGUGAGACAUCAAACUGGAUUGCAGCAAAUACAAAGGAAUGUCCAAAAUGCCACGUCACCAUAGAGAAAGAUGGUGGCUGCAACCAUAUGGUGUGCCGGAACCAGAACUGCAAAGCAGAAUUCUGCUGGGUUUGCCUGGGGCCCUGGGAGCCACAUGGCUCUGCUUGGUACAACUGUAAUCGUUAUAACGAGGAUGAUGCCAAGGCAGCCCGGGAUGCUCAAGAGCGCUCCAGAGCAGCCCUGCAGAGGUACCUGUUCUACUGCAACCGCUACAUGAACCACAUGCAGAGCCUGCGCUUCGAGCACAAGCUGUACGCCCAGGUCAAACAGAAGAUGGAGGAGAUGCAGCAGCACAACAUGUCGUGGAUCGAGGUGCAGUUCCUGAAGAAGGCCGUGGACGUGCUGUGCCAGUGCCGCUCCACGCUCAUGUUCACCUACGUCUUUGCAUUCUACCUCAAGAAGAACAACCAGUCUAUCAUCUUCGAGAAUAACCAGGCAGAUCUGGAGAAUGCUACAGAGGUUCUGUCUGGAUACCUGGAACGAGACAUCUCCCAAGAUUCUCUGCAGGACAUUAAGCAGAAAGUACAAGAUAAAUACAGAUACUGUGAGAGCAGACGGAGAGUGCUGCUGCAACACGUACAUGAAGGCUAUGACAAAGACCUGUGGGAGUACAUCGAGGAUUGAGGCUACAUCUCCACACCACAGACUCUUGGAGACAAACUCCACCCACUAUAGCUCUGAUGCAAUGACAAAUGAGCAGCACAGACCUCCGCUGCCGCCUCCCUGGCAAACCGCCCUGCAUUGCAUAAUUUUUCCAGAUUUUUGUUUCAAGAAAAGCAUAAGAAUAAAUUAUAUUUAAAUGAAAAAGUUAGAAUAUUAAAAAUAAAAUAAUACAUGUUCAACAGUAUUGUUAGCAGCGUGAAGCGCAAGACUGAGAAAUCCAACAAAAAGGCAAAAUAUCUUCCUUUUGCUUGCAUUGUGAGAUCUUGCCCUCGGAAAUCUUUUC